AUGAAGCGCGACGAGGCUGAGGAACCAAGGCAAAAGAAGCGUAGGCUGCAGGAGCCUGAGGUAGACAGAGAGGCGACGCCUGAAGAUGAAGAUGUCGUUGGGAAUGAGCCAGAAGCUGAAGAAGAGGAGGAGGCGGAAGAGGCAGUUGUUGAACAAGACGACGUCUCACCGCUGGAUCCUUUUGAGAGUCACUUUGCUGCACCGGAUGCUGAGUUACUGGAGAAGCUUGUCUCGCAGGUCGGUAAGGCGAAGAUCCAGGCCAAAAUGACACAGACAGGCGAUUGCAAAGUAUACUGCAACGAGCCCGAGGAGGCUCUGGCAAAGCACCGAAUCAACCUACAAAAGCCAGAGUCUCUUCACGUCAAGCAACGUCUAAGCAACAUCAUUCCAAAGUUGCAGCUCAAAGAAGCGACGCAAGCCAGCUUUGUGCAGCAAUUGCUGUGCUACAAGGACAUCUCCUACUCUGCAACAACUCACAAGACUCUGCCUCAUCUACGCGGGGCGUGUGCUGCUCACAUCCUCAACCACAUCUUCAAAACGCGUGAUCGGAUACUAAAGAACAACGGCAAGCUGGCUCAACAUCGAGACGAUGAGCUCGAGCUGCGUGAUCAAUCAUUCACUCGGCCCAAAGUGCUCAUAUUGAUGCCAACUCGCAAUGCGGCUUUCCUCUUUGUCAACCAACUGAUUGCUCUUGCUGGCGCUGAGUCAAUUGAGAACAGAAAACGCUUCAAUGACAAUUUCGGCGCUGCAGACAAAGACCCCGUCAAAUCAUCCACCAAACCAGAAGACUUCAAAGCAUUCUUCGAAGGCAAUACAGAUGAUGCCUUUCGACUUGGCAUCAAGUUUACGCGCAAAACCAUCAAGCUCUUUUCCCAAUUCUACGCAAGCGACAUCAUUAUUGCGAGUCCUUUGGGACUGCGUAUGGUGAUUGGUGACCCCGCACAGAAGAAGGUGGACUAUGACUUUUUGUCAUCCAUUGAGCUGCUCCUGCUCGAUAGCUGUGAUGGUCUUGCCAUGCAGAAUUGGGAGCAUGUUGCCUUUGCCCUCGAACACCUCAAUCUCAUACCCAAGGAAUCGCACGGCUGUGACUAUGCGCGUGUUCGAAAUUGGUGCCUCGAGGAGAAAUCAAAAUACUUGCGACAAACCAUCUUACUCUCUGCGUAUGAAUUUCCAGAGCAAAGGCAAGUCUUUCAGAGUCUCGUCAAUGUCGCCGGACAAGUCCGCUUCCGACCAACCUAUACCGGUAAGAUUGCCAAUGUCCAAGCAAAACAGAUCUUUAGCAGACUGACUUGUGACGCGACGAAUCCAGCGAGUGAACCAGAUGCACGAUACAAACAUUUCGCGACAGCACUUCUCCCACGCAUCAAGAAACUUGCUGUCACAGGCAGUGCAGCCGUGUCGGCAUCACCAGAAGAAGCGACCUCACACUGCGCUGGCAUCCUGCUUGUUGUACCUUCUUACUUUGACUUUUUGCGGGUUCGAAAUUGCUUGAAUGCAGAAGAGGUUUCAUUUGAGGCCAUCUCUGAGUAUGCGAAAUCCAGCCAACUCUCACGCAGUCGAGCUUUGUUUGCCGCUGGACGGUGUCAAGUCCUUGUCGUGACGGAGCGAUUGCAAUUUUAUCGACGGUAUGCGUAUCGUGGUGCAAAACGCGUCAUGUUUUAUCAAUUGCCAGAACACGCUGAUUUCUAUACUGAAUUGGCACGGUCUGCGAUCGAAACGGCUGCUGUGCUGGGAAACGAUGCAAGCGAUGUUGAAGUACGUGCGGUGUUUAGCCAUUUCGAUGCAUUGCGACUUGAACGUAUUGUUGGGUCGCAGCGUAUUGCACGCAUGUUGCAAUCAAAGGAUGCCUCCUUUGAAUUCUCAUGA